UGACGGUGCCGGAUGUUAGUCAAUGUAUCGAGAUUGAGAUAGGAAGAAUACAGAGGUCGUAGGACGCAUUGGCGCAUAGAUGUCCAGAACAGGUUUGCAUGACGAGCCGGGUCCGCAUGGCAGCAGAAGACUAACUGAGCGCAGGCAAGGCGGUUCUAUACGAGGUGGCACUCGGGCUGCAUCUUGUUGUUGCACCACCCGCUACCGUGGUUCGCUCGACCUCGAGCUCUAUGAUCAGAUAGCCACUACCGCAUUUCCACGCCUUACCACCUUCCACCUCGCACGCUUGGCUCGCCGCGGCAAUGGCCUUCUCGAAUUAGCUCGCCAAAGUAUCGCGCAGACUUCACCACGACCGAACUCAAGCCCACACUCUCUUUCUCUUUCUGCGCAAACUCUUUAUUCCUCCACGGCAAACGGAGCCCCGAAAAUGUCUAAUAUAAUGGCAACCUCCCCGCACAUGCAGUCGCUGGCUCUGGCGCGUCUCCAACGAGCCCAAGCCCGCCUCCAAGACCUACAUUCAGACUACUCGACCGAGCCGUCCUCCUCACUUGAGCUCUCGCGCUCGCCCAGCCGUGCCACCAGCUCCGUCAAGCGCACCCUCUCAAGCGCCGUCAGCAGAAUGAGCGCCGCGACGAGCAUCUCCUCGGCCGACCCUGACCAAGCAUGCUCACGCGCCGCCGCUGCCGCCGCCGCCGCCGCCGUCGCGCAUGAGGAAGAGGAACGGCCCGAGCCGGACCCCCGCGCUAAGGAAGGCAUGAAGCUGCUGCGCUCCGCACAAGACCGGCUCCGCGACCGCUGCAGCUUCGAAUACGACGACGUCGUCGACAGCCGCAAGCAGCCCAUCACGGCCAUGCACGACGGGACGACACAGCAGCAACAGCAGCCGCAGUCGCAGCCCCGUCCGCCCGCCCUAGCCACAACACUCGACGCCACCUUCGACGAGCCGUACACCGCGGCGCCGGACUUUGUGUUCGGCCCCUUCGCCGACGAGGCCAAGCAGCACGGGCAGCACCACCAGCACGACUCCUCGUACCAGAUUUUCCCACGGCCAUCGGCGCUGCUCGCGCAGGCAGCGGCACCACCGCCCUCCCCCUCGGCCGACUCCGCCGACCCGCGCGAUGCGGACCGGGCGCUUGCGCGCGCGCGUGCCCUCGCUCGCGGCACGUUCCGGAUGCUCGUCGAGGAGGCGAAGACGGAGCCCCGCUUGAAGCCCAUCCUGUACGCGUACCGGGACCGGGUGAUGCGCGGGCGGGAGAUGUGGCGGCCCGAGGACUUUGACGAGAUAUUAGACCGGGCCGAGGAGGUGAUUUGGGGGCUGGUGUGCUGAGACUUGAGAGGGCUGCUGGUGGUGCUGAGUGAGUGAUGGUUACGGUAUCUGGGAUGGCGUUUUAUGGGCUGGAUGGAUGGAUGGGCUUUGGGGGUUUUUCGUUUUGCUGCCAUUAGGUUGCGAUCCUGGCGCGGAGGGACGGGUUAGAGUAGGGAGAGGAGGGGGGUUAUUGUUGC